UACACCAUGAUUAGCACGUCUACCGUCGCUGCUGCUAUCGCCGUCUUGGCUUCUGUCAAUCAAGUCGCCGCUCACGGGUACGUCGAGCAAGUGUGGGCCAACGGCCAGACCUACUGGGGCACCAACGAAGAUGGUGGCAAACCCAGUGGAUCCCCCGUCCUCGUCACCGACUAUCUCACUCCAACCUACGAUGUCUGGUCCAGGGAAAUCGCCUGUGGUAUCAAUCCUCAAGGCGCACAAGGCGUCAUCGAGAUCGAAGCCGGUGGUUCCAUCGGAUGGCACUGGGUCACUCACUCUGGCUCGGACGCCAAGACGUGGACACAUAACGAAGGCACUCACCGUUCUUUCCUCGCCCCCUGCAACGGCGACUGUGGCUCCGUCGACGUCACCCAACUCGAAUUCACAGAACUAGGCUCCGAAUACACCGGUCAACAAGGAUGGGACGGAUCCACUUGGCCCGUCCACGUUCUCGCAGAAGGUGGAGCGUGGUACGACAAGAUUCCCGACGCACCCACGGGCGAUUACAUUUUACGUAACGAGUUGACGGCGUUGCAUUAUUCGGACAAGGUGGUGGGGAGCUGGGAUAAUGGACAUGCGUGGGGGACCGAGUUUUACCCUACGUGUGUGGCGAUCAGGAUUACGAGGUCGGGUGGGACGUGGAAUAUGGGGAAUGCGGUCAAGUUCCCGGGUGCUUACCAAGUUAACCAAUCUGGACAUUAUAACCCCAAUAUUUGGAGCGACCCUGGAUCGGUGGGGAUCAGCUCCUUGAGCUCGUUUGGACGCACCGUCUGGGUUAGUGGCAGCAACAAUAACUCGGGUAAUAACAACUCGGGUAGCAAUGAUAAUGGAA